AGCGGGCAGCGCGGCGGCGCCAUGUCCGUGAACAUGGACGAGCUCAAGCACCAGGUCAUGAUCAACCAGUUCGUGCUGACGGCGGGCUGCGCGGCCGACCAGGCGAAGCAGCUGCUGCAGGCGGCCCACUGGCAGUUCGAGACAGCCCUCAGCGCCUUUUUCCAGGAGACCAACAUACCCUACAGCCACCACCAUCACCAGAUGAUGUGCACUCCUGCCAACACCCCUGCCACACCCCCCAACUUCCCCGACGCCCUCGCCAUGUUCUCCCGUCUCAAGGCUUCUGAGAGCUUCCACGGAGGCAGCAGCGGGAGCCCAAUGGCCACGACAGCCACCUCGCCCCCACCACACCUCCCCCAUGCCACCACGGGCAGCUUUGCAGCACCCAGCUGGCCGACUGCAGCCUCACCCCCYGGAGGCCCACAGCACCACCAGCCACAGCCACCCCUGUGGACUCCGGCACCCCCUUCCCCRCCUUCAGACUGGCCACCCCUGGCCCCCCAACAGGCUGCCUCAGAACCCAGGGCUCACCCUGCCAUGGAGGCAGAGAGAUAAGGGAGGCCCCUCCCCCCUCCCGGAGGCCAGGACCCCGUGGGGCGGGGGAGAGGACRUCUCCGUGGGCCCCCUUGACCCCUUCUCUGUCUGCGCCCCUGUGCCCCAGAGCCCUGGAGGGGGUGACGGGACUCUAGCCAGGUGGGUGUGUGUCGUGCCAGCAGGCACAGCUGCACUCAUGCGAGUUCACGGAGCACAGGCACACAGCCCCCAGCUCGCAUGGACUUGGCUCAAGAGUGGCUUAGGCGCCUGACGGACGGCACCUUGGAGACCAACAGGCCUUCCCAUGAGGACUCACCCACCCUCCCCUGACCCAGCCCAGGGGUGCUCCAGGCAGUCACCCAGUGGAGACAUGGCCAGCUCCUGACUUGGCGCUCCGCGGGGCUGGCAGGCCUAGGUCCCUACACUUGGGAAUGCAGAGCCUUCUCCGCAUGUGCGUGUGUAGCUGUGUCUGUAUUUAUACGUUUGUCACUCUUUAAAAAGCAACCUAGAUUACGGGGCAGCUGGACUUUGCAUGUUAGAGUGAGCCCCAAGCCCCUUGCCCACCACCCUUCCCCUCAGGGCCUUGCCUCUCACCCCAGCCCCUUGUCAGCCAGCAUUGCUCUUUCCUGCAGAGAAAAGGAUUAUGGGAAACUCCAGGACUCCUCCCACUAUCCCCAGCGCCUGCCUGCUGGGGCUGCCUGCAUGCCUCCCCCAGAGCCCAGGGGUACCUGAUUCCUAUCUCCUUUCCCCAUUUUAACAGAAGAGAAGAAAAUUCCAAACCACCCCAGGCUUUGUGGUCUUGCCUUGUGCCCUAGGCUUUGCUGCCAGCUUGCUCUGGAUAAGAAUGCCUAGCAGUGUCCAGGCCACUCCAGUCUCACCCAGCUCCACACYGCUGCCUAUCACUGUCUUCGUUCAGAACCUGUCCUGGAAUCUUCCUACCCACCCAAGGCUUUUCCCAUGAAGUUAGUUUUCUGGCUUGUGAUUCCAGAAUACCACCCCUCUUCCUGCUUAGGACAGAUCUCAACCCCCAGUUUUGAGUGAGCAGGACUAAUGACUGCUUCCCUCUUCCUGGGCUUCWCAUAGGACUUUUCUUGGAUCCUCUGAGUUCAGCCUCACAGCACAGCUAGUGGGGCAGCCCACUGGCCCCAGUCCACCUGGGAAACCUGGGUAUGGAGGAGGGAAGGGGAGUCCACUCUGCAGUUUUUCCACUCUGGGAUGGAAGAAAUUCUCAGUCCCCCACAAGUGGUAGGAAAAUGCUUUGCAGAGUGAGUUUGUGUUUUGGAUCAUCUGCCAUGUGGGUAAGGGCAUGGGCCCUUCCCAGGGCAGACUGCUGGGUGGCUCUAAGGGUCAGCUAUGCACAAGAUAGCACACAGUCUAGAUUCUGCACAGUUGGAUGCUGGGUAGCAUUUUUAAAAAGUAACCAAUGGCCCCUAGGGGACCAAAGUAGGCCCCAGAUUAACAGCAUCACUCAGUCCCCAGCUCAGACCCUCUGGUACCAAAAGCAACACCAAAGUGUCAGAUGCCCUACAUAUCUUUACUAAAUGCUGGAGUUUGGGGUGUCAUUCGGAACCCAUGUCUGCCCUUGGGGCCACUGUGGGCUGGGCCUGGAGGUCUCAGGUAGUCAUUUUGAAGGCAGAAGGAACUUGGAAGCUCCUGUAGAUCUGGCCUUUCCAACGCUGCCAUUGUUGACAUCGGGAACUGGACUGCUGUCCCCUGUAGUAUGGGUUUCCUCUACAUCGAGAUAUCAAGUAGCAUCCCAGAAGCCUACCCUAGAAACAGUAGCACCACCAGUUGUGACAAUCAAAAAUAUCUACUGAUAUCUGCUUUGGGAGAAGUCACCCCAGUGGAGGGCUCCUAUCUAAUCCUGCGGUUUGCACACUUGGCUGCCCUUCUAUAUCAGAAUUUGGGGAGAAGACCCCCAGUGGAUACCUGUGAUCCAUCUGCCUAAACUAAUGCCACUCACGUUACACUUCAAAAAAGUGAGCUUUAUGGUGUGCCAGUUAUGCCAGCAAAGCUGUUACUAAAAAUAAAAGCACUCCUAGAGGAUUCUGAUGCAGCUGCCCCUCACGUGGUACAGCUACCACCUCCUGCUUCCCAAACCUGCAGACCAAGAAGGCCCCUGAGUGCUUGUCAGUCAUGCUUGAGGCAGCUGCUUCAGAGGAGAGGCCUAGACUGACAGUUAAGUGUCCUAGGAAAGGAGGGGUCUUUGGGCAGAGUAGGCUGGAACAGGGCCUGGGAAUCUGUUUCCCAAUGGAUGCCAAAGCUGUGUUGGGUAUGCUUUCAGGCCCUGGCCUGAGCAUCCUGUAGACAAGGGAGGGGCUGCAAGAGUGGUCCAGGACUAGCAGGGUGGCCCACAAAGACACCACAUGCCUCACAACUCGAGUGUGACAACAUGGGACCUUCUGCAGCUUAAUUCAAACCUGAAGCUGAAAAGCAAAACAGACCAGCGACGACACAUGUUCAAAAG